UAUGCUAUCUUGUCGCAUGUUUGGGGAACGAACGAGCAGACAUUCCAAGACCUGUGCUCCAUCUCCGAGCGCUGCAAGUCAACAGGGGAGAACCCACGAGAUCUCAUGGGUCCGAAGAUCAAGGGGUGUUGUCUUCUCGCCGCGCAACUUGGCCUCCUCUGGAUUUGGAUCGACACGGGAUGCAUCGACAAGACUAGCAGCGCCGAGCUAUCUGAGGCCAUCAACUCCAUGUUCCAGUGGUACAAACAGGCUGACGUCUGCUAUGCGUACCUCGCGGACGCCGUUCACUCUCCGUUCCGCAGGAGUAUAUGGCACACUCGCGGAUGGACGCUUCAGGAACUGAUCGCUCCAGAGGUCGUCGUCUUCCUUUCCCCCGACUGGAAGGUCCUUGGCGACAAGGUUCACCUCGCGCCCCUGCUGGAGCAAAUCACCAACGUCCCCAGGGCUGUCCUCCAUCACCAAGUCGAGUUGUCUACGGUCUCCGUGGCACAGCGCAUGUCAUGGGCUGCGCACCGAAAGACCACGCGACUCGAGGAUGAGGCGUACUGCCUGCUCGGCAUCUUUUCCAUAAAUAUGCCUACACUGUAUGGUGAAGGUCGAGCGGCAUUCCGACGUCUUCAGGAGGAGAUCAUGCAGACUUCUACGGAUCUCUCUCUCCUCGCGUGG